AUGAAUAGUAAUACUCCAAUAGUAUCAACAAAAACCAAUAGAAUAGUGUUACUAUAUGAUAAACCAAGAUUCUACCAUACUAUAAUACAAUUAAAAGAACUUAGGGAACUACCAGAUAAUUUUGUCACAGUAAUAGAAGUAAAUUCUAUAGAUAAAUUUAUCCAAGAAACUAGUCUAUCACCAUUGAAAUAUGAUCAUUUUCACAUAUGCAUAGAAUAUACUGAUAAUUUCGAAGCUGAUUUAGGAAGGUUCAUUCAAUUUUUGAAGUCCAGUCCCAAAAUUGUACAAGAUGCGGGUGACAUAGCUUAUCAUAUACAUUUUCAACCAAGUAAAAAAUGGGCAGAUUAUACAAAAUCUGAGAUAGAUCAAUACAGGCUACUCAUUGAAACUUUAAGAGAUGUUGCUGCUGAAAAAGUUGUACAUUGUUCAAUAGUGAAUAAAUAUGAUAUGGAUACAGUUUAUAUAACUGAAAAAGAUGAUUUGGCCAAAUUAGGUAAUGAAAUACAACUGGAUAUACAAUAUUGGAAGAAUUUGAAAAUAUUAGAUUAUGGAGAAAGCAGUAUAAGGUUCUUACCAGGUGUUAAUUUACCUGAUACUUUGGAAGUUUUAAAUAUUGGUGGUGGAUAUGCUUUAGAAACAUUAGCUGGUUUUAAAAUGCCAGCUAGAUUGAAAUCAUUAUUAGCUGGUCAAGGUGCUGUACAUUCAAUAGAUCAAAUAAAAUUUCCACCCACGUUACAAAGUCUUGAAAUUGAAGAUAAUAAAAUUCAUUUUUUGGAUUUCGUUGAUUUUCCAGAUUCAUUGAUACACUUAGAUGUUUCACAAAAUAGAAUAGAAGAUUUGAGAGAGGUUAGAUUUCCUAGAAACUUACAAUAUUUGAAUGUGGGGUUUAAUCCAAUAGAUAAUAUUAGAGGUACAAAAUUUCCAGAAACUUUGAAACGAUUAGAAGUUUCAAAUUUACCUAAUGAGUCAAUGACAGGUGUUAGAUUUCCUGAAUCAUUAGAAGUAUUAAACUUACAAGCAUCAAUGACAAAUACGAGAGGAUUAAAAUUACCGUCAAAUUUAAGAGUUUUAAUACUAAGUGAAAAUGGAGUAAAUAGUAUAAAUCCAUUAAAAUUACCAAAUUCAUUAGAAGUCCUAUACCUUAAUAAUAAUAAUAUCAAAACAUUGAGUAAAGUGCAAUUCCCACCAAAAUUAAGAGAAUUAUAUAUUGGUGCAAAUUUAAUAACGACGUUGAAGAAUGUUAUCUUCCCACCUACAAUGGAAGUUUUGGAUUUAGAAAACGAUCCAUACCAUGAAGAAACAGAUAAACAAAUACUAACAUUGAAAGAUGUUAUAUUACCUCCAAAUUUAAAAGUAUUGAAAUUAGGAUAUCAUGCAAUAAAAUCAAUUGAAAUAUUUGAUUUCCCUCAAACUUUAAGAUACCUAAGUUUAGCAUAUAAUGAAUUAAGAGUGAUACGCAAUGUAAGAUUUGGAAAUAGUUUGAAAACUUUAGAUUUAAGUGGUAAUACUGAUUUAAUUUCAUUAGAUAAUCUGACCAUACCUGAAUCGGUUACCGAAUUAAGAGUUUCACCACAACUAAUACCGAAUUUACCAGCUUACAUCAUUGAAAGAGCUAAUAAAGGAAGAUUAAUACUAAAACAAUCAGUUUCCGAAUCAAAUACUUUUAUAAAUUAA